CUAAAAUAUAGUAUAAAUAGGGAAACUUACUCAAAUGUGAUCAGGUCUCUGAACUUGCUUUUCAAGCGAUUGUAUUUCAAAUAAUUCCUAGCUGAUCGUGAUUGUGAUUACUGUCCAUGUUCUAUUUUGUUUUAUACAAAUGAAUAAAAAGAAAGUUAUUUCAAUGUCUGAAAGUCAACAACAAAUUGGAACUAUGAAAAGAACUUAUAAUAAGAGCUGUGCUCAAUUACAAUCGAAUGAGAAUAUUAAUUUACAAAAUUGGAAUAAACUGAAUAAUCAAAAGUUACGUAAACCUUUAGCAAAUUUGUCGAAUACCUAUACCGGAUCAGAAAUUGUAUGUCCUAUUAAAUUUGAUAGAUCUCUUAAUAAAACAUUGAAAACAUAUUCGGCAUCAUCAUCAUCAUCAACAUCUUAUGGGAAUACGGAUUCAAUGAAUAUAACUCGACGUAAUGAAAGAGAAAGAAAUCGUGUAAAAUUAUUGAAUAUGGGAUUUGAUCGUCUUCGAGCUGUAGUUCCAUGUCGUUCAGGUGAACAAUUAAGUAAAAUAUCAACUUUGAAAAAAGCAAUAUGGUAUAUUGAACAUUUGGAUAAAGUAUUACAUGGGCAGGAAAAUUCAUGUUCUAAUUUGAUUAAUCAGUCAACAGAUUAUAUUGAUAAAGGUGAAACAUGUACAAAUAAUAAGAUUAAACAAACCAAUUCAUUUAUAUCAUCAUCAUCACUAUCUAAAUCAGCUGGACUAUUUGAAAUCAAUCGCAACGAAGUAAGAUCAGGGACCUCCUGUUCAUCUUUCGAGAAAGUUAUGCCACCAUAUGGAGACAUAUCUAUUCAAGAAAGAAGAUCAGUAAAUCAAUUAUAUCUGUCACCGAUAUUUCCGACUCAUUGGGACCAAAACAUUAAUACUAAUAGUAAUACUACUAAUAAUAAUGAUCACAAUGAUAUUAAGGAAAUAACAUCGACACCAAUAAUUGACUCAACUUCAUACAAUCUAUUAAAUCCUAUUAGACGACAGGACGAUAGAACUGGUAAACAUCUAUUAUCUAAUUCUACUUCAUCAUUCACUGAUUCCGGUUAUGAUAGUUCUAAAUCUCAAAUUGAAUUAUUAUCAAAAAUCAAUAAUCAUUAUUCAUUAUCAACAUGGUAUAAUGUUGGCUAUAUGCCAACAACUCCAAUUUCAUCAUUAUCAAAUUCAUCAGUGAUUAAUUCAUCUAAUUUAUUAUCUAAAAAUCAAUCAACUUUAAAUUUAUACAAUAAUGUUUCUCAUCUUCAAUGGUUAUUAAAUGAUGAUGAUGAUAAUUAUAUGCAUAAACUAAAUGGAACAUGAAUAUAAAGUUUAUUUAUUUGAUUAUUGAGUUAAAUAAAAGAUUUUAGCACAAAUCUAAUGGGUUCAUCUUAUAAUGAUUGGUUAACAUCUAUAAUAAGGAUUAACCAUAUAGUACAACGAUUCAUUAAACACAACACCAACUAAAUCAAUAACCAAUAAGGAUUAGAUUCAUAUUUCCUCGGUUAUGAAUAAAUAAGAAUCAAGUGAACAUUAAGUUAUACAUGAUUACCACCUUCCUUCCUUUCCCCCCCCCUCCGGCAGUUUUGUACUCUUAUCAACAAACAGCUUGAUGAUUUGAGGAACAUUAAAAAUUUAAAAAAAAAUCGAUUUUUUUUUCUUAGAAGAACCAAAUUCGAUUCAGUAGAUUCUUCGAUUUAUUUUAAAGAGAAAAUUUUUUUUAAUUUUUACAAAGUAUUUUUUCUUUUAUGGAUUUUUCUCGCAAUUUUUCCUCUUUUUUUUGUUAUACUUCAAGUUAUUCCAAUUAGAUUUUGUCUCUAAGUUUGCUUCUUUUUUUUAAAAAAAGAAAAGAAAUAAAAUAAUACACUAUUCAUUCAUCAACCGGUAAGGUUGAAAUUGAUAAACUGGGGGG